AUGUGGCACAAGGCUGCAGCCUUGGCAUGGUGGCUGCAGCACUUUGGCAUGGCUGUGACAUGGCCUGGCAGGGCGUGGCUGGCUGUGGCAAGGUGUUGGCAUGGCAUGGCUGCUGCAGGGGCUGGCAGGGUGGAAUGGCUGGGCUGCAGGCUGCUGGCAGGUGGAAUGGCUGGCUGCAGGCUGCUGGCAGGAUGGCAUGGUCUUUGGCAGGCAGGCCAGGGCAUGGGUGUGGCUGUAGGGCCAUGGACAUGGCUGCAGCAGGCUGGACAGGCUGAGCAGGGUGCUGGCAGGGCAGGCAGGGCCCUUGGCAGGCGGCAGGACAAGGCUGGGCAUGGCUGCAGGCUGGCUGGCCAUGGCAGGGCAUGGCCACGGCCUGGCAGGGCUGGCAGGGGCUGGCUGGCCAUGGCCUGGCGCUGGGCAGGCCAGGGCAUGGCCUUGGCAGGCGCUGGGCAGAUGGCCUGGCUGGCCUGGGCGCAGGGCAUGGCGCUGGCAGGCUGCAGGCGGCAGGGCAUGGGCGGCCAGGCUCUUGGCUGGGCGCUGGCAGGGGCCUGGCACUGGCUGGGCGCAUGGUCUGGCAGGGGCUCCAGCAUGGGCGCUGCAGGCUGGAAUGGGCGUGCACAGGGUCUGGCAGGCUGGGCGCAUGGCCUGGCAGGCUUGGCAGGUGGCCAGGCGGGCGGCAUGGCCUUGGCCGGGCUGGCCUGGCGCUGGGCGGCAUGGGCGCGGCAGAGCUGCCACGUAUUACCAUAA